GACCCUACACCCAAUUUUCUUUCUUACAACUUGCAAUCUAUCUCUCUAAUCAAAUACCCUAAAAAACACAGUCCUAAUAAUUUUAAGUUUCUAAAAUUAAUUAACCAUGGGUAGAGCACCUUGUUGUGACAAAAAUGGUCUCAAAAAAGGACCAUGGACACCUGAAGAAGAUCAGAAACUCAUUGAUUUUAUACAGAAAAAUGGCUAUGGCAACUGGAGAACACUCCCAAAGAAUGCUGGGCUUCAAAGAUGUGGAAAAAGCUGUCGUCUUCGUUGGACUAAUUAUUUAAGACCUGAUAUUAAAAGAGGUCGGUUUUCAUUUGAGGAAGAAGAGACAAUAAUUCAGCUGCACAGUGUCUUGGGAAACAAGUGGUCGGCAAUAGCUGCUCGGUUACCGGGGAGAACGGAUAACGAAAUCAAGAACUACUGGAACACGCACAUUAGAAAAAAGCUACUUCGAAGUGGAAUCGACCCCGUAACUCAUAGUCCAAGGCUCGAUCUUCUCGACCUAUCUUCAAUUCUCGGCUCGUCAUUUUACAACGCAUCUCAAAUGAACAUAUCAAGAUUGAUGGGGGUUCAGUCCAUGGUUAACCCCGAGCUUCUCCGAUUAGCCUCAUCGCUCAUCUCAUCUCAUAAUCAACGUGAAAAUAAUAGCCACAACUUUGUAAUUUCUCAACAAAAUGGUCAAGAAAAUCAGCUGAGCAGUCUCCAAGUUCAAAACCAAUUUGUUCAACCGAACCAGUUUCAAGAAAUGCCGACCACUACCACAACAAGUCCAUACGUUAACUUUUGUAAUGAAACACAAAUAAUGGACCCAAAUGUGGACAAUUACCCUUCGAAUAUCACCGACCAAAAUUCUCAAAUGAAUCAAGAUUGGCAAAAUGGCUUAUUGGGUACUUCAAAUUUACCAGAAGAUUAUUUAGCUCUACAAAAUUACAACAAUUUCUAUGGAUCUCAUCACCAAACAGGAAUUAUCGACCCGUCGUCUGAAACCUCUAAUUUCGGGUUCACGUCAGUUUUAUCGACGCCUUCUUCAAGUCCGGCACCGUUGAACUCAAACUCAACGUACUUCAAUGGAGGAAGCAGCACUGAAGAUGAGAGGGAAAUUAGCUACAGCAGUAUGUUGGAAUAUGAAAUACCAGAAAUUUUAGAUGUUAGUAAUUUCAUGUAAUUUAAGAAAAAUGAGAUUGAUCAAUGAGUUUAUUAUUUUGUUUAAUCUCAUGUCCGUCCAAAAUUCCGGGCUAUGAAUUUGGCAUUCUUCAUAGGUGUAAAAUCUACUACUAAUUAAUUUGUUUUAAUUUUCUUCCAA